AAACUAACAUUGAAUUAAUAAUCGUUAUUUGAAACGCGAUACUUCAAUACUACGAAUUAUAAUUCAAAAUGGCUGUGAAAGUUGCAUUAUGUUUCGUUCUAUUGGUUGCGGUAACAUCAGCUUUGCCAGCACAGCCGGGCAAUGGCUGGGCAUGGGGCGGUGGUGGUGUCAACCCAUGGAUACCACCAUGGGUAUCCGCCGCACCUUGGUACCCACAAUGGUCACCUUGCACUACCAUUGGAAGUACUUGCCUCGAUUGCAAUACUAAGCUGGUGUGCACUAAGAUCGGCGGAAUACAACGUGCUUGCAGUGACCCUACUCUACCAUACUGCAACUUGGGCGAAUGCUCCGCUACACCUUCGGAAGAAUGUGCUCCAGCUGAAGGUCAAUCUACAGGCGCGGAACAAUCUGUCUAAAUAAUCAGUACAAAUUUAUGGAAUUGGCAACUUUUGUAAUAAUUUUUGUUAAUUUUAAUUGUAUUUAUAUGUACUCAAAUGUAACUCAUUGUCAUAAUAAAGUUAUGUAAGAAGCAA